GGGCCGCUGGGUCCGCACGCCGAUGUAGCUCCGCAGCUUCUUGAGGGCGCGGUCUCGGAUGCGCUUCUCGUUGGCGGCCAAGCGCUGCGCGAACUGCACCUCGGGCGGCUGCAAUGCCGCGGGAGCCAUGGCCCGGCCUGGCGCCGUCCCUGCCCCGCUCCUGCCCCGCUCCCGGCCCGGCCUGACCGCGCCGCGUCGGGCUGCGCCUGAUGCCGUCAGCGACGCCGGGCUCUGCCGUCACCGCGGGGAGGCGGAGCGCGGGGAGGGACGCGAGGGCAUCGCAGAGUUCGGGGCUCGUCGGCACCACCGGGGCCGGCUUACCCACGGGAGGCACCGGCCGGAGCACCCCACAGAUCACAGGGUCAUGAAAGCUGGAAAAAACCCUCGGAGAUCAUGUGGGCCAGCCUGUGACCGAUCACCGCACUGUGGAGCGGCGCAUGGCACUGAGUGCCGCGUCCGUCCUGAAUGGAGGGGCCCAGAGCGGGACACAGCACCUGAGAAGGCUGAGACCAAAGAGGAAUUUGUCAAAGUUAGAAGGAGGGAUUUGGAAAGGCUGACAACUGAAGUUAUGCAACUGCGGGAUUUCUUACCCAAAAUAGUAAAUGGAGAUAUCCUGGGGACAUUCCAGAAGCUGGAUGCUAUUGAAUCAAGCCUGGAGAAAAAGGAGGAGGAAAUAGAGCAGCUGAGGAUGGAUUGUGAACACUUCAGAGCCCGUCUGGAAACGGCCCAGGCAGAUUGCAUGAGAGAGAAGAAGGAGAAGCUGGACCUGCGGCAGCAGCUGAACGAGGCCAAGCAGCAGCUCCUGCAGCAGGCAGAGUAUUGCACAGAGAUGGGAGCAGCAGUGUGCACCUUGCUCUGGGGGGUGUCCAGCAAUGAGGAGGCUGUGAAGUCCAUUCUAGGAGGAAGUAAAGCAGUAAAGUUUUUCACAAUCACUGCCCAGACCAUGGAGAGCUUUGUGAAGUCAUUAAGUGAAGACAUGAAACAGCAGGAUUUGGAUUCUGAGGAAAAUCAGUUUGUAUUAGCUUUGGCAGGGAUUGUAACAAAUGUGGCUGCGCUGGCGUGUGGCCGUGAGUUCCUGGUCAGUUCCAGUCGGGAAUUACUGGACACGAUGAUGCAUCUCCUGGGAGACAUGAAGCCAGGACUCUGUAACAAAUUUAAAGUGCUAAUGCUAAUGUCACUUUACAAUGUGAGUAUCAACUUGAAAGGCUUGAAGUACAUCAGUGAAAGUCCAGGUUUUAUUCCCCUGCUUUGGUGGCUGUUGAAUGACCCGGACACCGAGGUGUGCCUGCACGCCCUGCGGCUGCUGCAGUCGGUGCUCCUGGAGCCGGAGGUGCUGGCGCAGGCGGGCGCCGAGGUGCGCGAGACGCUGCCCUUCCAGCGCAUCGUGGCCCUGUCCCAGAGCCGCAACGCGGAGCUGCAGGCGCUCGCCAAAGAACUGCUCGAGGAUCUUAAAAUAUUUGAGUACGAAGCAUAGAAGAGCUCUACGACACCAAAUGCUUACGUCUUUCCUAUAUUUUUAUGCUGCAAGAGUUGUUGGAGAUGGGCUUGACUGAAAAAAAACCAAACUUCUGCCUGAGUUCCUCUGACAAAAUCCUUUUCGGGAAUUCGAAUUAACCCAACUAAAAUCCAACUUGGGAAAACCUGUUGGGUUUUAGAUACCCAAAUAAAACCUCGGGUGGUCUGGUAGAGAUAGGGCUGGCCUAAUUUCUUUGAGCAGAACUUUAUUGAUAAUGGGUUUCCAAAAUGGUCUGUGGUUAUGUUGUGUAUUUGCUGUCUAGAUGGGGUAAAAUAUUCUCAUUCCUUGAUUAUUUACCUCUGUUCAUUGCAGAGGUAAAUAAUCCUUUUGGUCCAUCCUUAAGAAUUACUGUACUGUGAAGAGAACUCUGUUGCCUUUUUCAUAACUCUUCUGUGUCAGAAUGCACCCCAAGCACCCCAAAGUUCCAGUUUUAUUGUUAUUUCUCACCUCUCUCUAUUGUAAUAAAAGAAAACUGAAAUUCUGUAGCAUGUAACGGAUUCUG